AGCCCACCUCUUUUCUAUCCCGUUUAUUCGUUCAUUAUUCAAUUAAUUGAAUAUUGGAUUGAAGUGGAUUGGAUUGGAUUGGAUUGGAAUCAGCCCACACCUGUUUGACAGUUUCUUUGGAAGCAUAAGAACAGGGGAUUAGAUUAGGUCUCUGCUCUCAGAAUUAUUCCCAAUUCUGUAAUGGGGGAAACUCGGCAGCCGCACCUCAAUGGAGCCUACUACGGGCCCUCCAUUCCACCUCCUCCGCGGAAGUCCUACCACCGCCCCGGCCGCGGCGGCGGCGGCGGGUGCUGCUGCAACCCGUUCUCCUGCUGCUGCAGCUGCCUGAUGAACUGUAUCUGCACCUGCGUCUUUCAGAUCCUCUGCACCAUUCUGGUAAUCCUGGGGGUUGUAGUGUUCGUUCUGUGGCUGAUUUUCCGGCCCAACGCCGUCAAGUUCUACGCCACGAACGCCUCGCUCACCGAGUUCAGCCUCGAGGGCAACAACACGCUCCGAUACAAUCUGGCGUUGAAUCUGACGAUCCGCAACCCGAACAAGCGCAUCGGGAUCUACUACGACCGGAUCGAGGCGGAGGCGUUGUACGAGGGGCAGAGAUUCGGGUGGGACAACCUGCAGACGUUCUACCAGGGGCAUAAAUCGACGAAUAAUCUGACGGCGGAGUUCAGCGGGACACACGUGGUGCCCCUCGGCGCCAAGGAGAUGUCAAACUACAACGGCGACAGAACUUCCGGCGUGUACGACAUCGAUGUGAAGCUUAAAUUGCGUGUGCGUCUGAAAUUCUGGAUCGUCAAGUCCGCCAGGUGGAAGCCCAAGAUCGAGUGCGACUUGAAGAUUCCGCUGACCUCCAACGGAACGGCGCCACAGGCUUUUGAAUCUAAGAGGUGUGAUUUCGAUUGGCGUUGAUUCAUUUUUUACUUUUGAAUCUGAUUCUGAUACAGUGAUCCUGCUCUGGUGUUGAUGAUGAUGAUGAUGAUGAUUAUAUAUAGAUUUUGAUAUUGAUAUUGAUUUCGAUUUCUUCAUUUCUGCUGCUGCUGCCAUUAGAUACUUUCUUGCUCUACGGCCAUUCGUAUUAUUAUUGUUAUCGAUUGAUUAUCCAUUGCUUCCUCUUUACUUUUGUUGAUCCGAUUGUAUUCUUCCUCUGUAAAUAAGUGAAAUAAUCGAGAGCAUAUUGAUUUAUUAAUAAGUGAAUUCCUCCUUUCUCCAUUCA